UUUCUCUCCUCCUUUCAGACUUCAACAGAACGUUCAUUCGAUUUUGAUGUCGAUGAUGCCAUCGACGAAGAUUCCGGUUCAGAUUUUGAUGAAGAUGAGGAUCCAGAUAAAAUAGAAGUGCCGGGUGGCGGUAAAGAUUUAAUCACAGCUGUUACCUAUGCCAAAAAGAGUACAAUUAAAAAACAAGGCACAGUUAAUAAUAAUUCAUUGUUAAUAUCAAAUCAAACGGGAGCUGGAUCGACGACAGCAUUUAAUCGCAGCAUAAUGCCCAAAAAGACACAAAGUCCGGCUGUUGGCAUGCCUGCCCCAGGUGGUUCAAAUGCCAGCCAGAAUAAUGAAUCACUGUUUGGUGCUGGUGGUGGUGGUGCCGGCAGCAGCAUGCCCACCUUAAAUACCUCACAAUUAAUGGGUAUGGCUGCCCUGGCAGCGGCCAUGUUUAAUGCCACAAGUGAAACCAACCCAGGUUCAAAUCAAAAUAAUAACAACUUAAGCACUGCAACUGGUGGCCUAAGUGUUUUGGCUGGCCUACAGGCAGCCACAACCUCUGCGGCCUCAAGACAAAUUCCAUCCACAAAUUCUGUUAGUUAUCAAGCCAAUCAAGCAGCGGGCCUUAAUAAAGCCGCCUCUUUAUUGGCCCAGAUGACCAUGGGCUUGGGAAGUUUACAACCUGCCCCCACACCUGCUGCCAGUACAGGCCUAUCGCCACAAUCCAAAAUGAAUAAUAAUAUGGUGUUGGAAAAAAUUAAGGCCUUGGUGGCAGCUAAUCCACAAUUUUUGACCAGUGGUAUACCCAAUCAUGUGCUGCAGCAGUUACUGAUGCAGCCCAUGAAGCAAGUCACACCUGCCCCAGUUAUGGCCCAACCUGAAGAAGAUGAGGCUGACUAUGAAGAAAUGGGUGUGGCCGAAACCUAUGCGGAAUAUUGGCCAGCAAAGUUAAAACUGGGUAAAAAACAUCCCGAUCCGGUGGUUGAAACUGCCUCGCUGUCCUCUGUGGAACCCUGUGAUGUUUAUUAUAAAUUAUCCAUACCCCUGGAUACCAUACAAAGUGGCCAGCUGAGUGCAUUGCAAUUGGAGUCCAUAACCUAUGCCUCACAGGCCCAUGAUCAUCUCUUGCCCGAUGGUAGUCGUGCCGGUUUUCUAAUUGGUGAUGGUGCUGGUGUGGGUAAGGGUCGCACCAUUGCCGGCAUCAUUUAUGAAAACUAUAUGAAGGGUCGGAAAAAGGCCCUGUGGAUUUCCGUCUCCAAUGAUUUGAAAUAUGAUGCGGAGAGAGAUCUCAGUGAUAUUGGGGCCACCAAAAUUGAGGUCUAUGCUUUGAAUAAGUUCAAAUAUGCCAAAAUCAAUUCGGAAAUAAAUAACAAUGUGAAAAAGGGUGUCAUCUUCAGUACGUAUUCCGCUCUGAUUGGUGAAUCGAAUAACAAGACUGGUAAAUAUAAAUCAAGACUUAAACAAUUGCUGCAGUGGUGUGGUGAAGAUUUCGAUGGCCUGAUCAUUUUUGAUGAAUGUCACAAGGCGAAAAAUCUAUGUCCCGUGGGUUCGGGUAAACCCACAAAGACCGGUCAAACGGUAUUGGAAUUACAAAAUAAAUUACCAAAAGCCCGUGUGGUAUAUGCCUCGGCUACUGGUGCCUCGGAACCCAAGAAUAUGGCCUAUAUGGUGCGUUUGGGUUUGUGGGGUCAGGGUACAGCAUUUCCAACAUUCAAUGAUUUCAUUGCCGCUGUGGAGAAGAGAGGUGUCGGUGCCAUGGAAAUCGUGGCCAUGGACAUGAAGCUGCGUGGCAUGUACAUUGCCCGCCAACUAAGUUUCCAUGGGGUCACGUUUAAAAUUGAAGAAGUGCCCCUGUCCAAAGAGUUUAGACGGAUCUAUGAUGAAUCGGUUAGAUUGUGGGUUGAGGCCAUGCAAAAAUUCAUUGAAGCCGCCGAAUUAAUUGAUGCCGAGAGCCGCAUGAAAAAGACGAUGUGGGGUCAAUUUUGGUCAGCCCAUCAGCGUUUCUUUAAAUAUCUCUGUAUUGCCGCCAAAGUUAAUCACGUGGUACACAUUGCCCGCGAGGCAAUUAAAUAUGGUAAAUGUGUGGUCAUAGGUCUACAAUCCACGGGUGAGGCCCGCACCUUGGAACAAUUGGAAAGGGAGGAUGGUGAAUUAACGGAUUUUGUAUCCACCGCCAAGGGCGUUUUCCAAUCUCUAGUCGAAAAACAUUUCCCUGCACCCGAUCGCAAUCGCAUAAAUCGCAUUUUGGGUCUCUCCGACGCGGAUACCAGCCGAUCUAAUAUUCAAUCGAUUAUUGCCAAAGUCAAGGCAGCCAAUCGGCAUCGCAACGAUGCCUCAUCAUCGGCGGCAAACAAACGUAAAUCAUCCCGGCCAGACCUGGUGGGUAAUAGUAAAAAAUCUCGCCAGGAUUCAUGGGAUAAAGAUGACUCGGACUCGGAUGACGACAACGACGAUGAUGACGAUUCCGAUAAAGACUCCAAUAAAGAUUCCGAUAAAGAUGAAAAUGAUUCGGAUAUGAAAAAUUCCGAUUCUGAAGAUUCCGAUACUGGGAAUCAUAGUGAUAGUUAUGAUUCGGAAUCAGAUUUUAAUCCCUUUGGAGCAAGUGGUUCGGAUUCGGAUACAGAUCCAUGGUUGGCGCGUGCCAAAAAGAAGAAAAAGAAGGUUAAGGCCAAGGAGAAGGAGAAAUCAUCAGCAUCUAAGGCCUCCUCCACGUCCAGCACAAUAGCUUCUUUGACCACCCAGAGUAGUAGCUUUUCCUCAACGCUCAGCAAUAGCUUUAACAUCUCACCACCCAACAAGAAGAAGACACCUGUUUCGACGCAGGACAAAAUUCAGGAUCUACUGCAAAAGAAACAGGAACUGAAGGGCACUGUGACACCCAUUGGCGUGCAUGGUGUUAAAUUGAAUUAUGGCCCACCACCCAAAGAUGCCAUUGAAAAGGCCUGCUCGAUGAAAGAGGAGCUGCUAAGGAAAAUAGAACUGCUGGGAGAACGUCUGCCACCCAAUACCCUGGAUCAAUUGAUUGAUGAGCUGGGUGGACCGGAUAAUGUGGCCGAAAUGACUGGCCGCAAGGGCCGUGUUGUCCAGUCCGAUGAUGGUUCCAUACAAUAUGAAUCCCGAUCCGAAUCCGAUGUCCCGCUAGAAACCUUGAACAUAACCGAAAAGCAACGUUUCAUGGAUGGCACCAAAGAUGUGGCCAUUAUCUCCGAGGCUGCCUCCAGUGGUAUUUCAUUGCAAAGUGAUCGCAGGGUACGCAAUCAAAGGCGGCGUGUACACAUCACCUUGGAACUGCCCUGGUCAGCUGAUCGUGCCAUCCAGCAAUUUGGUCGUACUCACCGUUCGAAUCAGGUCAAUGCCCCGGAAUAUAUUUUCCUUAUCUCUGAUUUGGCUGGUGAGCGACGUUUCGCUUCGACCGUGGCCAAACGUUUGGAAUCGCUGGGCGCCCUGACGCAUGGUGAUCGUCGUGCCACCGAGACACGUGAUCUCUCCCAGUUCAAUAUAGAUAAUAAAUAUGGCCGAACGGCCCUUGAAACUGUGAUGAAAGCCAUAAUGGGCUAUGAACAGCCUUUGGUGCCACCACCCACCGAUUAUCAGGGGGAAUUCUUUAAGGACAUUGCCAAGGCUCUGGUGGGUGUGGGCAUUAUUGUGCAGAGUGAGACGACACCGGGUCUGCUGAGUCUCGACAAGGACUACAAUAAUAUUUCGAAAUUUCUGAAUCGAAUAUUGGGUAUGCCUGUGGAUUUGCAGAAUCGCCUCUUUAAAUAUUUCACCGAUACCCUAACGGCCAUCAUAAAUCAGGCAAGGAAGAAUGGUCGCUUUGAUUUGGGUAUUUUGGAUUUGGGUGCUGCAGGUGAGAAUGUGACCCGUGUCAAAUUGAUCCGCUUCAUACGCAAACAUGCCACCGGCAAGGCUCCCGCAGAACUGCACACAGUGCGUGUGGAAAGAGGCAUGAUUUGGCAGGAGGCCAUUGAGAAAUAUGCCGAUCUAAUUGGCGAACACGAAGGCUUCUAUCUGUCGCAUCAGGUACGCAAUAACAAACGUACCGCCAUCCUGGCCGUUGAAUUGGAAAAUCAACCGCAAAGCAACCUGCAAAGCAGCAAGAAAAAAGAUCCAGCCGGCGGUAAAUCGUCGAGUAAAAAAGAUAUUAUGUUCCAAAUCUAUCGUCCCAAUACGGGCCUGCAGGUACGCCACGAAUCGUUGGCCGAAAUCGAAAAGAAAUACAAAAAGGUCACAAUGUCCGAGGCGGAGAAACAUUGGACCGAACAGUAUGAUGCUUCGGUAAAUACCUGUUCGCAUGCCUAUUGGAAUGGCAAUUGCAGGAAUGUUAGCAUGGGUUCGGAGUGUGAGGUUGGUUUACGCCAACGUUUAUAUAAUGUUUUGGCCGGUUCCGUGCUGUCAGUGUGGGCUCGGGUCGAACAAAUUCUCGCAAUGCGCAAUGCCAACAAUAAAAUGCAAGUUAUUCGCAUGAAGACCACAGAGGGUGAGAAAAUCGUCGGAACCCUUAUACCGAAGUCAUGUCAUGAGCUAUUGAUACAAGAUCUGAAAUCCGAUGCGGAUCGUGUUGAAGAAGUGAACUUCUAAA